CCAAUCUCCACACGUCCUCCAGCCUAUCCUGAGCGGGCGCUCCCUGGUCCCGGAUCUUGUCCACAAUGCGCUUCCAGCUCCGCAGCUCCGCCGGCAUCCCCAGCGGUUCCAGCUCUCCAUUCAAGCUGCUGGCGCCGCUGGCGUUUCUGUUGCUGUUCACACUGCCGCAGCGUCUAGCUGAAGCUGCCCCUUCCUCAGUCAUAGCCGCAUCUGAGCUGCGUUGUGUUUGCUUAACCGUAACUCCAAGAAUUAAUCCCAAAUUGAUCGCUAAUUUGGAGGUGAUCCCUGCAGGUCCACAGUGCCCUACGGUGGAAGUCAUAGCUAAACUGAAGAACCAGAAGGAGGUCUGUCUGGACCCAGAAGCUCCUGUGAUAAAGAAGAUCAUUCAGAAAAUAUUGGACAGUGAAAAAAAGAAAACUAAGCGAAACGCACUUGCUGUGGAAAGAUCUGCGGCCGGUGUUCAAUAGAAAGAUUUCUGAGGACUCUGUCCCCAGUGAAGAUAAGGAGGAAGGGCGGAUUCUCCCACCUACGGAUGGAUUUUCUUUAUCAACUCCCUGCUUUGAUGAGGGAAGGGAAACCAUGGUCCCUGAAGCUUGCUGCUCAUCUUAUGAGUGUAUUUAGCAAAAUAGUUCCUAUUCUUUCCUAUCUGUUACACUAUCAGAAAUUGUGAUACUUUUGUGUGUAAGUCAAGAAUCAUUGGUUGUUAACCUUUCAAAAUGUCUUGAACUGAAGGUGACUAUUGCAUUGUCGCUGGAAUAUAUAUAUAUAUAUAUAUAUAUAUAUAUAUAUAUAUAUAUAUAUAUAUAAUUUGUAAUGUUCAUGAGAAGGCGACACUGUCAUCCUCUCUCUCAUGAAAUGGGAACCUCUUUUACUGUUGUUUCUUGGGUGUGUUAAGGAGCGUUCUUUCGUCUGAGCCUGGGCUGGCAUAUAACUUUUAUGGUUUUAGAAAGCUGCUGUGUCAUGCAGAAACCUGUGUAGAAUACAUUUCCUUAUUUAGAAUUUCUAAAUGUGUAAGUUCUAGAAGGAUCAAUGUGUUCUCAUCUUAUAAUUUUAGACAUUUGAUGUCUUCUUAGUAUGGCAUAAUGUCAUGACUUACUCAUCAAACUGUACACUAUUUAUUAACUAGUUUGUUAGUAUUACUAUUUGGGCCACUAAUUAUAUAUUUUAGAUAGGUGAGGAAGGUAAGAAGCAAGGAAAUUCCUUACAUAGUUUUCAUAAAAAAGUAUUUAAAAAUUAUUUCUAGGGAGAGAAACUUUAGCAAAUAUCUAUACUCAGAGUUUUGAAGACAUACUUAACACGUUUGAAUAUGGAUUGCUGAGAUAUUUAGAUAUCUGUGGUGGUGUAUCUUUUAAAGAGUGCGCUUUGUUAUAAGGAAAUUAAUGAAUGCAUCACAUCCAUUAUUUUAAGACUGUACAUCUUAAAGUGUCUCGCUUCUUUAUAUUACUCUUUUGAGAAAAAUAAAGUAUCUCUGGAUU